AAUACAUCCAUCAACUUUGGUUUACUUCCAAAUUGCAUCUUUGUCUUCACAAAAGUUAAUUAAGUCCACUCUUGGACCUAACUAGUGGAAACAAGGAUAUUACAUAACAUAAACAUUAUACUCAACUCCACCACAAAAUGUUAUAACCAAUAAGAUAACAUUAAUUAAAUUAACUAUAAUUGUAUAUAUUAUAAAUACAGAUUGAAAUCAUUUGUUGUAGUAUGUGGUACCAAAAAGAGAAAUUAAAUACACCCAAAUGCAAACCAUUUCAUAGCUACAAAACAGAGAUGAAACACAUUACAUAUUAUUUGCUUGCAUUCUUCUGCUUACUAUUUACAUCUUCUUCUUCAUUAACCGAUCUUGAUGCUUUGCUAAAGCUGAAGAAAUCAAUGAAAGGAGAGAAAACCAAAGAAGAUUUACUCAAAGACUGGAAGUUUUCAACUUCCUUUUCAGCUCACUGUUCAUUUUCUGGUGUAACAUGUGAUCAAGAUCAACGAGUGAUUGCGCUGAACAUCACGCAAGUUCCACUCUUCGGACACCUUUCGAAAGAGAUUGGAGCUUUGGACAAGCUUGAGAGUUUGAUCAUCACAAUGGACAAUCUCACCGGAGAGCUUCCGGUUGAGAUUUCCAAACUUACUUCUCUUAAAAUCCUCAACAUCUCUCACAACAUGUUCUCCGGAAACUUCCCCGGUAACAUGACGCUCGGUAUGAAGAAAUUGGAGGUUCUGGAUGCUUAUGACAAUAGCUUCGACGGUCCUCUACCGGAGGAAAUCGUUAGGCUUGAGCAACUAAAGUUGUUAUAUCUGGGCGGGAACUAUUUCUCCGGUACUAUACCGGAGAGUUACUCGGAGUUUCAAAGGUUGGAGGUUUUAGCCUUAAACUUAAACAGUUUAUCGGGGAAGAUUCCGAAGAAUUUGUCUAAGUUAAAGACGCUGAAGGAACUACGCCUUGGUUACAACAACGCUUACGAAGGUGGAGUUCCACCGGAGUUUGGUUCGAUGAAAUAUCUCCGAUACCUUGAAAUGCCAAGCUGUAACCUGACCGGAGAGAUUCCACCGAGUCUUGGAAAUUUGGAAAACCUUGAUAGUUUGUUCUUGCAAGGGAACAACCUCACCGGAACAAUUCCACCAGAACUCUCUUCCAUGAGAAGUCUCAUGUCGUUGGAUCUCUCCAUCAACGAGCUAUCGGGAGAGAUUCCUGAGAGCUUCUCAAAACUGAAAAACCUUACUCUCUUGAAUUUCUUCGAGAACAAGUUUCGCGGUUCACUUCCAGCGUUCAUCGGGGAUCUUCCUAAUCUCGAAACACUUCAGGUUUGGGAAAACAAUUUCUCUUUUGUGUUGCCACAGAAUCUCGGUUCCAACGGAAAGUUCAUUUACUUUGAUGUUACAAAAAACCACCUCACCGGAUUGAUUCCACCGGAUUUGUGCAAAUCAAAGAGGUUAAAAACAUUUAUUAUUACAGAUAACUUCUUUCACGGCCCGAUUCCUAAAGGAAUUGGCGCGUGCAACUCACUGUUCAAAAUCCGAGUAGCUAAUAACUUCUUGGACGGGCCGGUCCCACAAGGAAUUUUCCAAUUGCCUAAUGUUCAGAUAAUGGAGCUGGGAAAUAACCGUUUUAACGGCCAACUACCUUCUCAAGUUUUCGGAGAUUCUCUCGGGAUUCUCACUCUCUCUAACAACUUAUUCACCGGGAGGAUUCCCGCUUCCAUGAAGAAUCUCCGGUCACUACAGACUCUAUUGCUUGACUCCAAUCAAUUUCUCGGAGAAAUUCCCGAGGAAAUCUUUGACCUACCGGUGUUAACAAAUUUCAACAUAAGUGGCAACAAUCUCACCGGUGGUAUUCCAACUACAGUCAUUCGGUGUAACUCAUUGACCGCCGUUGACUUUAGUCGGAACAUGUUUACCGGUGAGGUUCCAAAGGGGAUAAAGAAUCUAAAGGUUUUAAGCAUUUUGAAUAUUUCACAUAACAAUAUGUCGGGAUUAAUCCCCGAUGAGAUUCGAUUCAUGACAAGCCUCACCACAUUGGAUCUUUCUUACAACAAUUUCACCGGAAGUCUCCCCACGGGUGGUCAGUUUUUAGUCUUCAACGACAGGUCGUUUUCCGGAAACCCUAACCUCUGCUUCCCACACCAAUCUUCAUGCAUUUCCCUUCUAUACCCUUUGAGAAAAAGCCACACGAAGAUCAAGGCCAUUAUUACCGCAAUUGCUCUCGCAACCGCGGUAUUACUAGUAAUUGUGACUAUGCACAUGAUGAGGAAGAGGAAACGCCAGAUGGCAAAAGCGUGGAAGUUAACGGCGUUUCAAAGGUUAGACUUCAAAGCAGAGGAAGUAGUGGAGUGUCUGAAAGAAGAGAACAUAAUAGGAAAAGGAGGAGCCGGGAUCGUGUACCGAGGGUCCAUGCCAAAUGGAACGGACGUCGCGAUAAAGCGUUUAGUUGGACAAGGAAGUGGUAGAAAUGACUAUGGUUUCAAAGCUGAGAUAGAAACAUUGGGAAGAAUCAGACACAGAAACAUAAUGAGACUUUUGGGUUAUGUUUCAAAUAAGGACACAAAUUUGUUGUUGUAUGAGUACAUGCCUAAUGGUAGUUUAGGAGAAUGGCUUCAUGGUGCAAAAGGUUGUCAUUUGAGUUGGGAAAUGAGGUAUAAAAUUGCUGUGGAAGCUGCUAAGGGACUUUGCUAUUUGCAUCAUGAUUGUUCACCUCUUAUUAUUCAUAGGGAUGUUAAGUCUAAUAAUAUAUUGCUUGAUGCUGAUUUUGAGGCUCAUGUUGCUGAUUUUGGACUUGCUAAGUUCUUGUAUGAUCCUGGUGCUUCUCAAUCCAUGUCCUCUAUUGCAGGCUCCUACGGCUACAUUGCUCCAGAGUAUGCAUACACAUUGAAAGUGGAUGAGAAAAGUGAUGUGUAUAGUUUUGGAGUGGUCCUAUUGGAGCUGAUUAUAGGAAGAAAACCAGUGGGUGAAUUUGGAGAUGGUGUAGACAUCGUUGGAUGGAUCAAUAAAACUGAACUAGAACUUUAUCAGCCGUCCGAUAAAGCAUUAGUAUCGGCUGUAGUAGACCCGCGACUCACUGGAUACCCAUUAACAAGUGUUAUCUACAUGUUCAACAUAGCUAUGAUGUGUGUUAAAGAAAUGGGACCUGCAAGACCUACCAUGAGAGAAGUUGUUCAUAUGCUCACUAAUCCACCUCACUCUAUCACUCAAAAUUUAAUUAAUCUCUAGAAUUAGAUUAGAUGAACAAAGUUCACUUCUUUGAAAAUAAAUUAAUAGAGAAAAAAGUGUGCAAAUAAUUUGCAUAUGUAUUUAGUAGUUUGUUAGAAGUGAAUGAACAAAUCAAGUUUGAGUUUCACAUUGAUGUUGAGUUAUAGGAAAUAUUUUCCACAUUGUGUUUGAAGAAAUUUUGUAUAAUAGGAUUAUUAUUUGAAAAUGGGUUUUGAGUGGUA